AUGUCAGAACUACAGCCCAGUACGCUCUGUGCAGCGUGUCAGUCAAUUUUUGAGCCACAGACGCAGAAAUCCGAAGAAACAGGCGAGAUUCCGCAUCAUGGCUUGGAAGAACUCGCGGGCCGAGCAAGCAGCUGUCAUCUAUGUCUGACCGUGUUUAUGUCCAUCGACCCCGACGCCUAUAGAAACUUCCGCAAUAAAGGAUUAACAACCAACUCGGUCGGGUUUGCCUGGAUGUCGCCUAUUGCCAGGGAUCAAGCGAGGCUGAAGUUUCGAUACGUGAAGCCUACGAAGUCGGAUGCGGACAAGGAGAAUAGGGGACCUACACCGAGUAGUAGCGGGUCGAAGGCGAGUCUGACAUUGAGUUGGGAGGAAACGACGGGGUUGGUGGUUGAGUUGAUUUUGAUGCACCCGAGGUUUGCCGUCGAACCCGGGGUCCGAACCAUCGACCCCAGAUCCGUGAGUACAGCAUCGAUAGAAAGUUUCGAUCUCGCCAAACAGUGGAUCCAAGACUGUACUUUCAACCAUAUGAAAUGCUCCGUGACUUCCCCCGUCGACGCGACGUGGAAGCCUACGCAUUUGCUCGACGUCUCGAUCCGGGGUCCCAAGGGCGCUCCUGGAGUGAAACUUGUGGAUGGCAUGUUCGCGGACUCGUUGAGCGAGUAUGUGACUCUUAGCCAUUGCUGGGGUAAAUCCAAGACGAUUCGUCUGCAUAAAGGGACUCUCGCGGCGUUAAGGCAGGGCGUCAGUGUGGCGAAUCUACCAAAGACAUUUGCCGAAGCAGCUCUUGUGACGGAUCGGCUGGGUUUUCGAUACCUUUGGAUCGAUGCAUUGUGUAUUCGGCAUGACAGCGAAACAGACGUGUUGGCGGAAGUGGCACAGAUGCACCGCGUCUAUUCGGAAGCGGCACUCAACAUUGCCGCCACGUCCUCGAGGGACGAUGCAAGCGGGUUGAUCUACAGUCGAAACGUUUCCGCCUUACAGCCAUGCAUUGUCUCCGUCUCCUCGGGCUUGGGCGUCGAUGAAGGGAUGUACAAAAUCCUACGCUCCACAUUAUGGCACGAUCUGGUUGACUCUUCCCCUCUCAACAAGCGCGCUUGGGCCUUUCAAGAACGCUGCCUUGCAAAACGCACAUUACACUUUACUCGCAAUGAGCUUUUCUGGGAAUGCCAGCAGAUGUGUUGUUCAGAGGUGUUUCCGAAGGGGCUUCCCGCAACAAUGGGCCCGCCUUCUUCUCAGGAGAGUGUGGAAUUCUUCAGCAAGAAGGUUCAUCAUCAAAGACAUGGGAACUGGCACCAGCUGGUGAGGAUGUACUCCCCCAAGAAAUUGACGUAUUCGAGUGACAAGCUGUUGGCCAUCCAAGGACUAGCAAAGCAGUAUAUGGCAAAGAACAGAUUACAUACCGACGAUUACUUGGUUGGCCUAUGGAAGCCGCAGUUACCUCACGCGUUACUCUGGCGAGUAGAAGGCGGCAGGCGACCGACAAAAUACAGAGCCCCGACGUGGACCUGGGCGUCGAUCGACGGCGAAGUCAAAUACCCCGAACCGGCAUCGUCGGCCCGAGAAACCUGCAUUGAGAUCAUCGAUCUUGACAUGAAAUAUAGUCCAUCGGGCGACAAUUUCGGUUUCGUCGAGGGUGGCAAGAUGAAGGUUCGAGGGUUCAUGGCGAGAGGGUUGCUGAGACGAACGCGCGAUUACUGGGGCCCAACGCCCUGCAUGAUCCAAUGCACCAAAGCACAAGUUGAACUUGAGAACGCAUCCUUUGACGACCGCUUACCAAAACUCUCCGACGCCGGCAGCGGGAUGCUCUGCGAAAUGCUCGAAAUCUACCUGUUGCCAGUCAUCGACGUCGUGGAUCGGGUAGAGGGAUUGCUCCUGUGCGCGACGAUGAAAAAGGGCGAGUUCAGGAGGAUCGGAGCGUUUGACGUGAGUCGGUAUGAUCAGGUCAAUUGGGAUCGAUUCCGCAGUGUCAUGAAAGGCGAGGCCGAGAUGAACAAUUACGUGGAGAGGCUGGACCACGAGAACGGGUAUUGGUUUGCGAGUGAUUACACCUACACGAUUAAUAUCAUCUGA